GAGCGAGGAUGCAGUUUCCCAGAAGCCCUUUCGGCACAGCUGUACCCACAUAUCUGAACAAAAUCGCGGCCGUUUCUGUUGGGUUUUGAGCUAAACAGCCACACAAAUACUGAGCUUCUUUGGAAAGAUGAUGUGCGACACCACCAACCGGAGCUUCCGAACGCAGCUCGCCGUGAUUCUGGACAAGUUAACGAAGGCGGCUUUGGUUGAAAUCAGCAAUCUGGCGGAUGAAUGCUCUUCCGUCCUUCGCACCGAGAUUUCCCUGCACAAGACGGAGAACGAGGCUCUGAAGAAGAGAUGUUACUCACUGGAAGUGCAGCUCAGUGCCGCAAGGGAGGCGCAGACCUACCCUGCAGACGCCAACAGCGGUGUCAGCUGCAGGCAACCUACAGAUCAGCAGCACUGUGCUCCAGCCAUUGAAGGAGUGUUUGGGAAAGACUGGUGCAUGGACCUCUGGAGAGAAGAAAGGCUUCCACCUCAAAGAAGACCACCUAUGGAUGUUGGUCUUAUGGCAGGCACAGACCCACAGGCAAUUGACAUGAUGGCAAGGGAGCCCGACCUCAUCUUUGUCAAGGAGGAAACAUAUGAUGAUCAUCCUAUCAGUCAACAGCUGAGGCACACUGGGUGCAGAAAAAUUGCGGGCAUGUGCGAAGAUGACGGCAUGCUUCAUAGAGCUGUCACCGAAAUGCAGCUUUCCUCCGGAGAACAAACCAACUUCCCCAUGACAUCUGAAAGUCAGAUGCAACAACGCACCCAGGCACCAAUCAUAGACAAGCUACUCGACGAUGCAACAAUGAGCACGCUGGUUGACCACCACAAUCUACCCUCAGCCACCCUGGAACACUCGGACUACACAAACAGCAUCCACAUGAACUCAACCAAAGAGUUCACUCUACAGCCGAAACCUCUGAAAACAACAAAGCGCUUUGAGUGUUUGUUCUGUGGAAAAAUCUUCAACUACCUGAGUAGUCUGAAAGUCCACAUUAGGCGACACUCUGGUGAAAAGCCUUUCAGCUGCUCUGUGUGUGGGAAACGCUUUGCUCAAAAGACGUACCUAAAAUUGCACCAGCGUGUGCAUUCUGGGGAAAAGCCUUACAGCUGCCCCAGCUGCGGCAAAAGUUUUUCACAGAAAAGCUCUCUUAACAUCCACCUUCGAACACACACUGGUGAAAAACCUUACAGCUGUGUGGACUGUGGCAAAUGUUAUGCUUAUAAAUACGGUUUGAAUCAUCACCAAUGCUUCAAUUGGCUGGUCAAACCAGAGGCAUUUGAAAGAGGUGGCGUUGGUCUUGAUCAGAGCAGUUCAGCAUGUGCCAACAUAACUAUUUAAACUUUGAUACAAAUGAAAUAAAAAAACAACAACAUCCAUUUGAAAUUCAACCUUGUCAAUAGAAAAUUGCAUAAAGCACCACUUUCUCCUAAAACCACACUUUGCUAUGGGAGACAGGGCUUUCAAAUGGUCUUUCUAUAGAAUGACCUUUCAUUCUACCUAAAUCUAACGAUUACAAACUCUGUUAAAGGGCCUUUAUCAUGCUAUUCGUAAGCCUUUCAGAGCAAACCAUAUAUAUAUGAUAAUAUAUUACCUUUGGCACAUUAAAGAACAUAAAAAAAAGUUAUUUUCACAAUUUUAUUUUCCUAUCCAGAAGUAAGAAGGCUUCAAUCUCUGUUUUUUGUGAGGAAUGAAGACUAUAAUACACUUAAAAGCUCAAAAAAAUUGAUUGUGCAUGAUAUAGGCCCUUUAAACAUUAUUUUAAAGGAAUUAACUUGUUUUUUAAGAAAUGUCUAUCUUUUUAUUUUGUCUUUAAAUUGUUACACUGCCGAUUGGAUCUUUUAUACCAUUGUAGCAGUUUUGAGAUUUCUUUAUAAUGGAAAAUGCAUUAUAAAGUUAUAUUCACUAGGCUUCAUUUAAACAAUUUACCACACCUCUAGCAAUUAGAACAUGUAAAGAAAUUAAAUAUCAAUGCAAACUCGUUACCUCCAUGUCAUCCAUGCAUGCCAAUAUACCUCAUAUCUUAAAACACAAAAGGCCUGUCUUGAAAAAUGCCAAAAAUAAUUCCUCUGGGAAGGUAAUCCACAGUUUGCACACAAGUAGCAUAAACCUUUAAAACUACCUCUUGGAAAAAGAAAAAGAAGUUUUUUCUUCAUUGGCCUGGUGUUGACAUUGAUUUUCUUUUUCAGAAGCCAUAUGUUUUGUUUUGCAUUCAAAUGAAAUUAAAUGUUUGUGUUACAUUCUAUUUAUAUUAGGUCAUGGCAAAAUUAUUGUAGUCUAAAUGGUGUUGCUGUUUGAAUAAACAUUUAUGGUUACCUCA